AGGAUCGGCGACUCCAGGAACAGCCCCUCGUGUUGUGCCUGCAUCGUCAGCCCUGACGAGGUGCAUCACCUCGGGCUCGCUGGUUGCUUCCUGCCCUGAAGCGCUGUGCACACCGGGCUCCGUUCCACCUUGCGGGCAGCUGCUUUCCAUUAACGGGCAAAGCGAUUGCCACCGAGGCCGGCAGCACCGUUGGGAGCUGGACGUGCUGGAGAAAAACCGCAGGAGUUGUUUCAAGCUGUCCGACCUUGUUGAGGGUCUGGCAGAGAGCUCCUGCGCCUCGGGGUCUCUUCAACGGGGCUGUCCCUGAUCCAGACCCCGGAGGAGGAAGAGGAGGAGGAUGAGGCUGGAGUUUCUCCUCUUCGUGGCAGGAGCCAUGGCAGUGCCGAGGCUCUCCCCACCGCCGCUCGGGCUCCUCUUCCAAGAGGACGGGGGUUCCCUGAAAAUCAGCUGCCUCGCCCCGCAGAGCUACACCGGCAGCACCUUCGAGCUCUUUGCGACGGGUGCCGAUGUCCCCACGCAGAGUGUCUCCGCCAACCCGGGUCAGCACAAGGUUGAUUUCACCCUGGAUGGGACCGCGCUGGCCUCCCGGUGCUACCGGUGCAGGUACCGGAGCUAUAACGGCAGCGCCUGGCAGAUGUCAGCAUUCAGCAUGGAGAUUGUGGUGAACGCCUCAGGUGACACCGGCUGUCAUCCCCCCACCGCCGCCCCGACCGGCCCUCCUCUGCCAACCUCCACCACUCUGCGGCAAGAUCGUUCCUGGCUUCUCCCAGUUGCUGUCAGUGUGGCCGUCCUGGUGCUGCUGCUGCUGGCAGCGGCAGUGGUGGUGGCCUGUCGAGUCGAGGCCAGGAGACAGCGGGCAAAGAGGCAGCAGGCGUCUUGCUGGAUGGAAACGCGGUACCCCACCACCGAGCUUUCCUAUGACAACUGCGCCUAUGCCGUCAGUGUGAAUGCGCAGCCAGGAGCCGCUGAUGGCACCGGCACACCCCCGGCGUCCCCACAGAGAUACCCCCAGGCGUCCCCCCCUGCGGCACCCCACUUCAGCACCUUCAGGUCCUUGGCAUGAGCCCCGGCGGGGCCGUGUCUGCCGGCGCUCCCCAUGGUACCAGAGCCCAGCUCCUCCUUCCGCCAGGGAGCACGAGGAGCCCCCGGCUCAACUGUGAGGGAAGGGGCUGUGUGAAGUCAAGGUCAGCAAGGUGCUGGCACGCUGCAGCACCACGCUGGCUGGGGGACGUGCCGGGGGCUUCCCAGAGCUGCCCACGAGACCCCCGGCACGGGAGAGGUGCCGACGCACCGCCAGCGAUUCAACACCAGAGCCGGCAAAGGGCCCUCCUCUUCCUCACACCUUUGCCACCGGGGAGAUGGUGGGCACGCGGCAGAGCUGGGCUGGGCGCCCCAA